AUGAGCCCCUUGCGGGCCGCCAGCAGCGCCAGCAGCAGCGAGUCUGAGCUCAUUGCCGGCAUGAGAUCAAAGAUCCAGUCGGCGCUGGAAGCCCAGGAGGUGGACAUCGUGGAUGCAGGCGGCGAUGGCAGGCAUGUGGAGAUCCAUGUUGUCUCCGCGGCGUUUGCCGGCAAGAAUGCGGUGGCCCGACAACGCCUCGUGUACAAGGCCAUCUGGGAGGAGAUGCAGCAGACGGUACAUGCCGUCGAUGCCAUGACCACACAGACGCCCGAGGAGGCUGGCCUGUGA